GUCCCUGAAAACCAACCUAGCUUCCUUUUCUGCUGAAAACCGGAUGCGGGAACUCCACUCAAGCGUUUUCUUUUACGCCUGCUAUGUUAGGUUAGGAGGAGAGUCACGAAGAGAAGGACGACACACUGCUUGGAAUACUAUCUGCGUUUUUCUGGAGGGUGAGAAACUUGAAGAGAUCAUAAGGCAGUGGGUAGAGAGCUGUGCUCAGUCUGCAACCAAGAACAAAUAUGAUAUUGACGUACUGACCAUUGCCAGUCUGAUAGAUUAGCAGGCGCAGAUUGUGGUGAACCAGAAGUCCAGCAAGAGGAAAUGAGCUAAAGAAGCAAUCCUGGCUCAAUAUGCCAAUAGCUGUUUCCCCCCCAGUGGUGAUAAAUCCCUGUUAAACAACUCCAACAUGGAGGAGGUUCUGAACAGGAUGAAGCAGCAGAGGGACCAGGCUAAGACUUACAUACGAAGAAACAGACAAGAUACCGAAUGAAAAGGAUAAACUAGCCAAGCAGGACAGGAAGGGCAAGAAAAGGCUCACACAAAAAUGGAAACACAAAAGAUAAGAAAAACAAAUGACACUUUGGGACACUGUCACAUGAAAUGUUUUGUUCCCGAACAAAAACACGUCUAUUUUUGCCUAUCCCAUAUUAGCACCAUAGACAUUAAAAGCAGAUUAGCACGAUUACAAAUAUAACAAGACAUCUUUAUGUUGUCGCGCGGAUGCCCCGCCCCCCUCUACGUGUGACUGACAGGUCUGGACCCGAGAGAGCGCAUGUAAAUGAGCCGCGCUCGGGCGGAGCGGGUGCCCAUGUGGACAGGCACCAUGCCUUGUUGUUCUGUGCACUCAUUGGCCAAUUCGCAUCGACAUGUUUUAAUGCGCUGCGGGCCAGGGGCGGGGUUAAACCCUGGAGAGCGGUCCCGAGUGGAUCACACGGACGGAAUCUCUCAGGGACUCCAGAGUCCCGCCAGGCGUUGACGCCACGCAGUUUAACGUCAAAAAGAGACCCAAACGCUUUCAUAUUCAUAGACGCAAUAAACGUUGGACUUUUGGAGCGACGGUGUCUGGCCUGUAGUGUGUGCAGGCAGCAGGCCACAGGCGGGAUAACCCCUCUGUUUGGGUCUGAUGUCCUCUACAUACAGUAGCGCUCGCCAGCCGUCUUUUACCCCAGGCUGUAGUAACAGGGAGGGGUAGAAACGUGGAGGGCGGGCCCUGACUGCAUUCGCCUUGUUAUGUAUUCCCGUGAUCGCAUCGCCAUCUUGUUGCAAUCCCUCUUUUACGUGUGAGAAAUCAUUUAUCCAAGGAAUAUAUUUUUACUCAUUUUCUUUCCGGUGAGAGGAAGAAAGGAAUAAACAGAGUGCGCGUUCGUGUCUGCUGCGUUCCAGACAGUGCUCCCCGGCGGAUCUCGGCUGUGCCUUUUUUUUCUUCUGUCCUGGGCGAUCGGGUAGCCUACGGUGAGGGGCGCACGAUGAGCAUCGACACUCUUCUGGAAGCGGCCAGAUAUCUGGAAUGGCAAGCCCAGCAACAACAGAUCACACAUGAGGAGGAGCGUUGCAGAGAGAAGGCGGAGCUUCACAGCCGGGAGGCAGAGUCCAGACGAGCAGAGGUUGUGACCUGUGCGGACCAGCCAAUCAGAUUCAACCAUGUCACCUGGGGGUCAUCACAGCAUUGGCCUGAGUCAUCACAACAUUGUCAGCACCAGCACCUCUCUCCCUCCUCUCACCCUCUUCCCCUCUCCCUCCCUCCUCCCCCCAUCUCCAUCGCUGUCAUCCCCAUGGUACCCGUUGUCACCGCUACGCCCUCUGUACCGCCCCUUCCCGUCAUCACAACGAUCGCUGCCGCGGCAACCUCACUCCACCUCGGAGGCGCCCAGGUGAUGAAGGGAGGCUCCUCCCCUACUCGGCAGCAGCCAAUCCAGCGCCAGCUGGCAGUCCAGGUGAAGGCGGAGCCUAACUCGAUGACGCCACAGACGGGUGGAAGCCCUAGCCAAUCCCAACCUCCAACUCAGAUUCCGUACCCGACCUCCAUCAUCACCAAAGCCGCUUCCCAACAUGCACUACUUCCCCAGCAAGCCAUUCCCACGCAGCCGCGCCCAAACGGAACCAUCAUGGAUGACCUGAGAGGGUUGGACGGGAAGAGACGACCUGGAGGAGCUGGAACCAGAGAGGUGCACAACAAACUGGAGAAGAACAGAAGAGCUCACUUGAAGGAUUGUUUUGAUACGCUUAAGAAGAACGUUCCAAACGUAGAUGAGAAGAAGACCUCCAACCUCAGUGUUCUACGCAGCGCCCUGAGAUACAUACAGACUCUGAAGCGAAAGGAGAAGGAGUAUGAACAUGAGAUGGAGCGUCUGGCGAGAGAGAAGAUUUCCACGCAGCAGAGACUGGCUGAGCUGAAGAACGAGCUAAGUCAGUGUAUGGACGUUAUGGAGAUAGACAAGGUCCUCAGACAGACCGUACAACCAGAGGACGACCAGGCUUCUACUUCUACUGCCUCAGAAGGGGAAGACAACUUUAACCAGGACAUUGAUGAAGACCUCUCCCCUCCUCCUCCACCCUUCUCCCUCCCCAUUAUACAGGCCAAAUCAUUCCUCACUCCUCACCUCUCCAUCACACACAAGACCCUUUCCUCUGGGGUUCUGACCAGCCCCUCCCUCUUGGCCCCCCCUCCUCACCCCCAAGCUAUCGCCCCCGCCCCGCCACCUCACCCCCAUCCGACAGUCCAAGUCUCGCCCAAAGUCAUCGCCCACCCAUCCGUCAUCCAGGCUGUCAAUCACGUCCUCCCGGCUAAUCACAAACACCUUACGCACAUCGCUCCCUCCCCCAAUCCUGCCUCCUCCAUCUCGCAGCCAAUCACAGCAGCCGCCGCCGCUGCCCACCAGACAAUCACGGCCCAGCCCAUCGGACACAUCACCGUCCACCCUGUGGCCCACCUGGGAGGUCCCCUGCCCCCCCACAUGUACCCCCAGGGAUUGACGGUCUCCCAGCCCACAGUGUUGGGGCAUAUCACCCACACCUUCACCCACCACACCCUUCCCCACGUCCAGGCUAGCCAUGCUACCGCUAACGUGCCCCAGGUCAAUGGGGCGGCAGUGCCUGGCCAGUGUGGCUCGUCCCUGGGGAAGCCCACAACCAUGCUGGCCCACCACCAUCACCACCACCACCCACAGCUGGUGGGACAAACCACCGUCCUCAACCCAGUCACCAUGGUGACUGUACCACCAUUCCCUGUUAGCACACUCAAACUGGCCUGAGAGACAGGACAGGGAGGGGAGAGAGUGAGAGGGGGAGGGCGUGACAGAGAGAGCG